AUCGCCUCUAUUUUGCAAUUCUCUGCCAAAAACCAAAGAGUGGAGCUGCAAACACCCAUUAUUUCUGCAUAGAUGAUGAACUUGUAUAUGAGAACUUCUAUGCAGACUUUGGACCACUCAAUCUGGCUAUGCUCUACAGGUACUGCUGCAAGCUGAACAAGAAAUUAAAGUCAUUUUCAUUGAUAAGGAAGAAAAUAAUUCAUUACACUGGCUUUGAUCAGAAAAAGCAAGCAAAUGCUGCAUUCCUCAUAGGCUCCUACGCAAUAAUAUACCUGAGAGAAUCUCCAGAAGAUGUGUACAGGCUUAUCUUAGCCGGAAGCAUUUCAUAUCUUCCUUUCAGGGAUGCUUCCUUUGGUACUUGCAGUUUUCAUCUGACGUUGCUGGACUGUUUUCAUGCAAUAAACAAGGCCUUGCAAUAUGGUUUCCUGGACUUUAGUACGUUUGAUGUAAAUGAAUAUGAGCAUUAUGAAAGAGCAGAAAAUGGAGAUUUUAACUGGAUAAUACCAAACAAAUUCAUUGCCUUCAGUGGACCUCAUUCAAGAAGUAAAAUUGAAAAUGGCUAUCCCCACCAUGCUCCAGAGGCUUACUUCUCAUACUUCAGGAAACAUAAGGUCACCACUAUAAUACGCCUCAACAAAAAACUGUAUGAUGCCAAACGAUUUACAGAUGCUGGAUUUGAGCACUUUGACCUCUUCUUUGCUGACGGAAGCACACCUAGUGAUACUAUAGUUAAAACAUUUCUAAAUAUUUGUGAAAAUGCUGAAGGUGUAAUAGCUGUCCAUUGCAAAGCUGGUCUUGGACGAACUGGCACGCUUAUUGCCUGUUACAUCAUGAAGCAUUAUCAGAUGACUGCUGCUGAAAGUAUUGCCUGGAUUAGAAUAAAUAGACCUGGUUCUGUGAUUGGACCACAACAACACUUCCUGAUGGACAAACAGGCAGAACUUUGGACAGAAGGGGAUAUUUUCCGUGCAAAGUUGAAAGGAAACCAUAAAAUUGCUGUAACAAGAAUUCUGUCAGGAGUAGAUGAUAUUUCAAUUAAUAACACAAGAAACAGGAGAACCAUCCAAAAGGACAUUGAACUGUACAGUGAUGACGAUGAAACAAACUGUGUAACACAAGGGGAUAAGCUACGGGCUCUGAAAAGUAGAAGGCAAGCAAAAGCUCCAAAUGAAUCUCCACUAACCAGCCAAUCCAUCCCAAGGACUAGAACAGUAUUGCGUUAA